AUGUGUGGCAUCUCGGCCUGCUUGACUCUCCCACCGGGGCACCAUUUCCAUACCGAGGCACUCAACGGCUACGCGAAUGGAACGGGUGUACAAAACGGGAUAAAGACCGAGGAGGAUUUUAAAGCCAGCAAGGAUCUUCGGGAUCAACUGAGCCUGAGCCUAGACGCCAUCAGCCACCGAGCCGGAUGCAAAGGGUGUCUGGGUCAGCGCCGACGGUUUUGGCUGGGUCACUGCCGCCUGGCAAUCAAUGACUUGACCCCAGGGGGGAACCAACCCAUCCACGGUGAUGAAGGCACAACUCACGCAGUGGUCAGCGGGGAGAUCUACGACCACGAUAGAAUUCGCCAAGAUUGUAAACAAAUGGGCUAUAGAUUCAAAGGUCACAGCGACAGCGAAGUGAUUUUUGCACUGUACCAAGCCUACGGCGCUCCCCAGUUCUUAGAACAUCUCCGCGGAGAGUUCGCCUUCGUUUUGUACGACGAAGUCGCCGAAAGAGUCAUCCUAGUACGAGACCGUUUUGGCAUCAAGCCGCUUUUGUGGACAAUCAUUCGUCAGCCAGAUGGCAGAAGCAGACUGGUUGCGGCCCCGGAAGCGAAGGCCUUUCUGCCCCUAGGAUGGAAACCCCAAUGGGACGUUGGUGCAAUUGUCGACGGUGGGUGGAUGCAGGGUGGGCGCUCGCUUUUCAAGGGCGUGAGGAAGCUACCACCGGGGCACUGGAUGGAAGUUUCAAAACACGGCGUGAUGAAACUGCAUCAGUACUGGGAUGCCGAUUACAAGGACAAGACUGAACGAGAGAUGCGAAGCGUUGAUGAGAUGGUGCUGGGCCUUCGCAAACGGCUGACAGAGGCUAUCCGGCUCCGGUUGCGUGCAGAUGUUCCAAUCGGCAUCUAUCUUUCUGGUGGUAUCGACUCUUCACUGGUCGCCGGUAUUGUCACACACCUGAUCAGAAAUGAGGGCAUCAAGAUCGGCAACAAGGACGCGACCAGCCGGGUCAUCUGUUUUACCAUUGAGUUCCCAAAAGAGUCCGGGUUUGAUGAGUCUGAUAUUGCGGAACGCACGGCGGAACAUCUAGGCGUCCAAAUUCUAAAGAAGCAAAUCAACGAGAAGGAACUGGCGGACAACUUUGCCGACUGCGCCUUUCAUUGCGAGCAUCACCAUUUCGACCUCAAUUGCGUAGGGAAGUUCGCCUUGUCAACUCUGCCAAAUGAAAACGGGAUCAAAGUCGUCUUACUUGGAGAGGGUGCCAAUGAACACUUCGGCGGCUACGCCUUUUCCCCCCCAGAUUUGCUGCGGGAAUCGGAUUUGUCUAAAGAAAGAGUCGACAACCUGGGCUUCGUUGACUACGUUCAAGUCGAGAACGCCCUCGCCAGAGGCUUCGGUGAAAAGGCGGAUGUCAAAUCGUUCAGGAUGCUGAUUUUUGUAGCGGCUUGGGUAGUCUUGAGUGAGAGACUUGGUAUUCCAAAAGCAGCCCCAGAGGACUGGCUCCAGAUCACUGUGGAGGGACAGAUUUAG